AUGGUAUUAAAUUGGAGAGGAGUAAAAAGUAGAUUAUAUAGUGGAAAACGAAGAAUAGAUGGAAGAAAUAAAGGAUUAAUUGCGAUCAGAUCAAGAGGAGGUGCUUUAAAAAGAAAAUAUAGAUAUAUAGAACAUUAUAAACAAAAAUGGAUGGAUAAAUGGUUAUUUGUAAUGAGAAUAGAAUAUGAUCCAAAUAGAAGUGCACAUAUAGCAUUAUGUAGUAUUUUAAAAGAAGGGAUAUAUUUUUAUGUAAUUAGUAUAGCCAAAUUAGAAGUAGGAUCAUUAAUAAUAACAAGUGCUCUAAAGCUAGGAACAUUACAAGUAGGAAAUACCACAAAAAUAAAAAAUAUCCCAGAAGGCCUAUUAAUAAAUAACAUAGAAUUAAUAGAAAAUAGUGGAAGUAAAAUAAGUAGAGCAGCAGGAACAAGUUCAUUAAUAAUUAAAAAAUAUAAUAAAAAAUAUAGCUUAGUAAAAUUAAGUUCAAAAGAAUGUAGAUUAAUAUCAAAUGAGUGUUAUGCGACAAUAGGAACAGUAUCAAAUAUAGAAAGAAAAUUAAAACAAAAUAAAAAAGCAAGUUAUAGUAGAAAAAGAGGAAUAAGACCAAUAGUUAGAGGACUAGCAAUGAAUCCAGUAGAUCAUCCACAUGGGGGAAGAACAAAAGGGGGAGUACAUUGGAAAAGCUUUUCAGGAAAAUUGGCGUAUAAUGUAAGUAGUAGAAAAAAAACCAAAAUGACAUCAAGAUAUAUAAUAAUAGGACAUAGAAAACAAAAGAUAAUGGAUAAACAAAUAAAAAAUGGUUAG